UAAGAAGAAAGAUUAGGUAACACUAGCGAUAACCGGCAAAUUGUAAAUAGGAAAAAUUGAUGUUAUUUUUAUAUUGCUAACAGGCAUAUUUCUCUUAAAAUCUUUGCUGCUGGUUGUUCUUUGCGGUUUGAAUUCUGAAUUAAAUCAUAAUCGACGCUAUCUAUACCCACGUGUUGUUAUCGAGUGAAAAUGGCGCUUUUCGGCACAACAGCAACACUGAUACGAGGCUGCUGCCGCCAACAGCGACCGCUCGCCAUCUUGGCAAAAAAAUCGAAUUUUCUACAAACCGGAAUUCAAUCGUACGGACAGCUUCAUUUUGAAUUUCAGUCUCAAAUAGGAUUUCUUGGUGUUCGUUUCGCAAGUAAUAGUACUCGUAGUAAAGGCAAAAUGGGUCUUCCCCGUGUAUUUUUCGAUAUGACCGCUGGCGGACAGCCCCUUGGACGCAUUGUUAUGGAGCUCCGUAAGGACGUCGUACCCAAAACGGCUGAAAACUUUCGCGUUCUAUGCACCGGUAAAAAGGGAUUUGGCUACAAAGGUUGUACAUUUCAUCGUGUAAUACCGAAUUUUAUGUGCCAAGGAGGUGAUUUUACAAAUCAUGAUGGUACUGGUGGAAAAUCCAUUUAUGGCAAUACGUUUAAGGACGAAAAUUUCAAAUUGAAACACACCAUCCCUGGUGUGUUGUCAAUGGCGAACGCUGGUCCGAACACCAAUGGUUCACAAUUUUUUAUUUGUACUGUUAAGACACCGUGGCUGGACGGACAACAUGUGGUCUUUGGGCAAGUUAUACAAGGUAUGGAGGUGGUGAAAGCUAUGGAAGCUUUGGGCUGUGCAAGCGGCGGUCCGAUGAAGAAAAUUGUUAUUGCCGAUUGUGGUGAAUUAAAAUAGUUUUGAAAAUCAAUAAAAUGGCGCAUAAAGGAGGGCGACAAUCCCCCGAUAGGGGUGAAUUAAAAAUAACAUAGACUAGAAAUUAUUAAAUAUUUCAUGUGGAUAUUGAUUCAAAGUUCAUUUACAUGACUAAUCAAUUGAAAAAUUCACUUGUUAAACGUUUAGUGGAGAAAUCAAAUUGUUUUAGGUUUUUAGCAAAUGCAAGCACUAGUAUUUACCAAUUACAUACUGUUAUGAAUUUUAUGAUAUAAAUUAAGAAAAGUAGUAAGAAGUGAUCUAUAUAUUUAAAUUAAAUUAAUGGCUGAAUAGGAAUUUCUAAAAAGGUA